UAUGUGAAUUUUUUCGUGCGAAUUAAUUAUUUUUGAACAGGUUUAUAUACGCGCCCAUAUACGAUGUGAAUUUUUGCGUGUGUGUAGUUCCUGGACUUAUAUGCCAGAAAUUGUUAGCAAUGGCGUUCGACAGACGAAAUACUUUGAAACGAAAAAUAACUGAUACUGGCAGCGACUCGGACAAUGAAACGGAAAAGACUGUGAAGUACAUAAAAACGAGAUCGGAGGCGCCACGAUUGUGUCCAUAUUUGGACACGAUUAAUCGACAAUUUCUGGAUUUUGAUUUUGAAAAGUUGUGUUCUGUAUCAUUAUCUAGGAUUAAUGUAUACGCUUGCCUGGUUUGCGGCAAAUAUUUUCAGGGCAGAGGCACUAAUACUCAUGCUUAUACACAUAGUGUAGCAGAGAGUCAUCAUGUUUUUCUUAAUUUACACACGCUCAAAUUUUAUUGCUUACCAGAUAAUUAUGAGAUAGUAGAUUCGUCCCUGGAUGAUAUUAAAUAUGUAUUAAAUCCAACUUUUGAUAAAAUACAAAUAGCUCAACUAGACAAGAGCGAUAAACAGUCUAGAGCAAUCGACGGCUCUAUGUAUUCACCAGGAAUAGUAGGAAUGAAUAAUAUAAAAGCAAACGAUUAUUGCAAUGUCAUUUUACAAGCACUUUCGCAUGUUACACCUUUGAGAGAUUUCUUUUUAAGAGAAUCUAAUUAUGCUCAUGUAAGGAGACCACCUGGGGAUUCAUCGUAUCUCUUGGUACAAAGGUUUGGAGAACUUAUGCGCAAAUUAUGGAACCCACGUAAUUUUAAAGCGCACGUAAGCCCACAUGAAAUGCUACAAGCAGUAGUUUUGUGGAGCAAGAAAAGAUUUCAGUUUACAGAGCAAGGCGAUCCUGUGGAUUUUUUAUCGUGGUUCUUAAAUGCUCUCCAUCUAGCGUUAAACGGUACAAAAAAGCGUGAUUCUAGCAUCAUUUAUAAAACAUUUUUGGGUCAUAUGCGAAUAUAUACGCGAAAAAUACCACCAUUGGAACUAGAGGAGAGCCAAAGAAGUGAAUUGUUACACACAGUGGAGUACGGUGAAACUGUGACGGAAAGUCCAUUUUUAUAUCUCACUUGCGAUCUUCCGCCACCUCCACUAUUUAAAGAUCAAUUUACAGAGAAUAUUAUUCCACAGGUAAAUCUGUACACACUCCUGAACAAAUUUAAUGCCGUCACUGAGAAAGAAUAUAAAACUUACAAGGAAAAUUUCAUGAAAAGAUUUGAGAUUACCGAACUGCCACCAUAUCUCAUACUUUACAUAAAAAGAUUCACAAAAAAUACAUUUUUUGUUGAAAAAAAUCCAACAAUUGUGAAUUUUCCUGUUAAAAAUGUUGAUUUUGGAGAUAUUUUAACACCGGAAGUAAAAGCUAAGCAUCCAUGUACAACGUAUGACUUGGUAGCUAAUAUAGUACACGAUGGUGAACCUGGACAAGGAACAUACAGAGUCCAUAUUCUGCACAAAGCCACAGGCCAAUGGUAUGAAUUGCAAGAUUUGCACGUUACACAAAUUUUACCACAAAUGAUUACUCUUACUGAAGCAUAUGUACAGAUUUAUGAGUUAAGGAAAGAUACGUACAUGGAAAAUGGAGAUAGUAAAAAUAAAAAAACUAUGUGA